AUGAAGAACUUCUGGAAAAUUCCAGUUUUCUUCUUUGUAUGCAGUUUCCUGGGAUCUUGGGCAUCUGCUGCUGUCAAGCGUCGCCCAAGGUUCCCUGUUAAUUCAAAUUCUAAUGGUGGAAAUGAACUCUGUCCAAAGGUCAGGAUUGGUCAAGAUGAUUUACCAGGCCUUGACUUGAUUUCUCAGUUCCAGGUAGAUAAAGCAGCAUCUAGAAGAGCUAUUCAGAGGGUAGUAGGAUCAACUGCAUUACAAGUGGCUUACAAAUUGGGAAAUAAUGUAGACUUCAGGAUUCCAACAAGGCAUUUAUAUCCCAGUGGUCUGCCUGAAGAAUACUCCUUUUUAACUACUUUUCGGAUGACUGGAAGCACACUUGAAAAGAACUGGACCAUUUGGCAGAUUCAGGAUUCCUCAGGGAAGGAGCAAGUUGGCGUGAAGAUUAAUGGCCAAACAAAAUCUGUUGCAUUUUCAUACAAGGGACUGGAUGGAAGUCUCCAAACUGCAACCUUUUCAAAUUUGCCUUCCUUGUUUGAUUCCCAGUGGCAUAAGAUCAUGAUCGGUGUGGAAAGGAGUACUGCUACUCUUUUUGUUGAUUGCAACAGGAUUCAAUCCUUACCUAUAAAGCCAAGAGGCAAAAUUGAUGUUGAUGGCUUUGCUGUGCUGGGAAAACUUGCAGAUAAUCCUCAAGUUUCUGUUCCGUUUGAACUUCAGUGGAUGGUGAUCCAUUGUGACCCACUACGCCCCAGUAGAGAAACUUGCCAUGAGCUGCCAGUCCGAAUAACUCCCAGCGAGACCACCGACCAGAGAGGUCCCCCGGGCGAGCAGGGUCCCCCCGGGCCCCCGGGUCCCCCUGGAGUUCCAGGCAUCGAUGGCAUCGACGGUGACCGAGGUCCAAAGGGUCCCCCAGGCCCCCCGGGUCCCGCUGGAGAACCGGGCAAGCCAGGAGCUCGGGGCAAGCCGGGCACGCCGGGCGCCGACGGAUUAACAGGACCUGAUGGAUCCCCUGGUUCUGUUGGACCAAGAGGGCACAAAGGAGAACCUGGUGUUCCUGGAUCUCGUGGAUUUCCAGGCCGCGGUAUUCCUGGACCCCCUGGUCCUCCUGGGGCAACAGGACUCCCUGGAGAGCUUGGCCGUGUUGGACCAGUUGGUGACCCUGGGAGAAGAGGACCACCUGGCCCCCCUGGCCCCCCAGGACCCAGUGCAACAAUUGGCUUUCAUGAAGGAGAUCCAUUGUGUCCCAAUUCCUGUCCACCAGGUCGCUCAGGAUAUCCAGGCUUACCAGGCAUGAGGGGUCAUAAAGGGGCUAAAGGAGAAAUUGGUGAACCUGGAAGACAAGGUCACAAGGGUGAAGAAGGUGACCAGGGGGAACAAGGAGAAGUUGGAGCUCAAGGACCUCCAGGAGCUCAAGGAUUACGAGGCAUCACAGGCAUAGUUGGGGCCAAAGGGGAAAAAGGUGCUCGGGGCUUAGAUGGAGAACCUGGACCUCAAGGUCUUCCUGGUGCACCUGGUGAUCAAGGACAGCGAGGACCUCCAGGAGAAAUAGGUCCCAAGGGAGAUAGAGGCCCUCAAGGUUCUAGAGGAAUUCCUGGCGUCCCUGGGACCAAAGGAGACACGGGCUUGCCAGGUGUGGACGGCCGUGACGGAAUACCUGGAAUGCCCGGGACAAAGGGUGAACCGGGGAAGCCUGGGCCUCCUGGUGAUGCAGGAUUGCAGGGCUUACCUGGUGUACCUGGGAUUCCCGGUGCAAAGGGUGUUGCUGGUGAAAAGGGUAACACAGGUGCUCCAGGGAAGCCUGGUCAGCUGGGGAAUUCAGGCAAACCGGGCCAACAGGGGCUGCCAGGCGAUGUAGGACCCCGAGGACCCCGGGGGCUUCCUGGCAGUAGAGGAGAAAUAGGACCAGUAGGACCCCCAGGACUACCAGGUAAACUGGGUGCGUCUGGUGAAGAAGGUGAAACAGGAGAAAGGGGUGAACUUGGAGAGAUAGGAUUACCUGGGCCAAAGGGAUCUGUGGGUAACCCUGGGGAGCCCGGCUUGAGGGGGCCCGAAGGAAGUCGGGGGCUUCCUGGCAUGGAAGGCCCAAGAGGACCCCCUGGACCACAAGGCGUGCAGGGAGAGCAGGGUGCCACCGGCCUGCCCGGCAUCCAGGGCCCUCCAGGUAGAGCACCAACAGAUCAGCACAUUAAGCAGGUUUGCAUGAGAGUCAUGCAAGAGCAUCUUGCUGAGAUGGCUGCUAGUCUCAAGCGACCGGACUCAGGGGCGUCUGGCCUCCCUGGGAGGCCUGGACCCCCCGGUCCCCCGGGACCACCUGGAGAGAAUGGUUUCCCAGGGCAGAUGGGACUUCGUGGCCUCCCAGGCAUUAAAGGCCCCCCUGGUGCUCUUGGUUUGAGGGGGCCUAAAGGUGACUUGGGAGAAAGGGGGGAACGUGGCCCUCCAGGAAGAGGUCCUAAGGGAUUGCCCGGAGCUAUAGGUCUCCCAGGUGAACCAGGUCCUGCCAGCUAUGGGAGGAAUGGCCGGGAUGGCGAGCGAGGCCCCCCAGGGGUGGCAGGAAUUCCCGGGGUACCUGGCCCCCCGGGCCCUCCUGGCCCUCCUGGGUUUUGCGAGCCAGCCUCCUGCACCCUGCAGGCUGGGCAACGGGCAUUUAUCAAAGGGCCCGAUCAGUGA